AAAUUUUGACACACCCUCUCAAAAAGGUUGGGCAGCCUUGGUCUGGAGUGAGAAGCUGCUUCCCUCAGCUGGAGCUCACAGCUGAGGUACAGGGGCCGUUCAGAUGAGGAGAAAUUGUUGUUUGCACAGCGUGUGGCUCCCUACUUUUGAAUGCAGAGCUUAUUCCGUUCAGGGUUGAAUCAAAAGCUAGUUAACACUAAGGAAGUCGAGGCUUGGAGCUCGGACGGGAUGGGAAAUUGGAGUCGGCAUAAAGCCGAGCAAGUGUUCUUGAUUCUUGCAAAAAGUGCCAGUUUGAUCCGAGUUUCCUCGAAACAAUUUGAUGCAGAAGUUUCUUAAAGAUUUUUCAUUGUUUUAUAACCUCCAUAAAGAGAAGACAAACGGGCGUCAGGAAGGACUUAUCAAGUUACCUUUGCACUGGACACCUGUAAUGGUAUUGAGACGACGCCAGUGUGCAGUAGCGCAGCACCGUACACGGAUGAUGUGAAGACCCGGUCCUUUCCCUAGAAGAAACGUGAGACAAGAAUAUGGAUCUUUGAUGCCUUACUUGAUGAAGAUGAAGAUCCGACCAUGAAACAACAGCUGAGGCAUGGACGGGUUGAAUCAGACAGGAGCUGCCAAUGCAGCAAGGCACGCAGGUUACAUGAAACAAUUCAGUCAUCAUUAUGGCAAAGAAGACUCUGGGUACAGCUCGUUCUCAACGUCUUUCAGUGCUCCAGAAAAUGUGUCUCUUGUACACUGCGGCGACACACCCAGGCAAACAGGGACGGUCUCCCAGGGCCCUGAUCCAGACAACCUGCAAUGGACUGGCACAAAACCAAUGCCUAUAGUCUGUAAUGCUGCUGUUAUGGGCAAUGAAGAGAAAUCUGUCCUAUCCGCAGAGAAUAAUAACAACAAUGGUCAUGACAGAAAGUGUAGUAGUUCAAGACCUCCUCUCCCACCACCUCGUGAUGAUAGUUUCCUUGCCAUUCAACAGCACAAUAAUUUUGCCUAUUACCAUACCCGUCAUGGACUGAGCCCACAAGAUAUGCUUCAGAGAUCAAUUGAGACCAAGGCACCAAGGAUGGCUCUUGAAAAUAAUCAUCAAGAGACAUCAUGCCUGCUCUUGGAGAGACAGCUCUCUAAUUUUGAACAAGCCUAUUCCCAGACUCCCUUUUUCAACCCUUCAUUUAAGGAUACUGGUUUUGUACCAGAGAAAGAUAGUCAAACUGUUGAAGGUGCAGGAAAUUUUACUGCCAAAAGGGUUGAGAAGGCAACUCUGAGCAAUGUAACUAACUCAUCUUCUGGCAUCACAUUCGACUGUGAGGAAUCACAGAAACUAACCCACUGCCUCUCACUGGCACACAAACAGAAACCCGUACUUGUUAGUCCUCGCCAUCCUGAGCUACCAUCUCAAGUAACUUGUGUGAACGCACGCAGCCAAGAAACAGCACCAUAUUUGCACUUCACCACCACAGACACGGAAACAUUUACAGGGGACUCAAGGCCUGCCAAGGUGUUUCCAGGCUCUUCCCAUGCAUCGAGUCCUGAGGACACAAAAGGACAAAACCAUGAGGUAGAUUAUAAAUUCCACAUGGUUCAAGGAUACAAAAGUAGACAAAGAUCCUUGAGUGUGGCAAGUACCAGACAAUUAUCACAUCAGGUACCUGGUCUGAAUAACGGUGACUGUAAUGGCCAGAGCUUCUGUGGAUUUGCCGAAUAUUCUCACAUCCCAAAAUCACACCUUGCCAUGACGGAUUCUGUUCAGGUAAGAGGGCAGUAUAGUCAGAGGCAAAUGAGAAACAGUACUGGCAGUGUAGGACAUCGAUUGGAAGCGGACAAUCGCGCGGAGCCAGGGAACGAAUCAAGCAGCCACAGUACAAUCACUGCUGAAAACACCGCAAUGUUGCAUCGCCUUGCCUCCAAAACCACAAAUGCUGGGAGAGGUACACUAAUGAGUGCAAAUCAAAAAUCUCAGCUCUCCGAAGGCCAAAACGUCCCACCAGGACAGUAUGGAGGGAACCAGGAUCUCUGCAGGACAUUUGAGAACAAAAUUACUCAGCUCCGAAAAUGCAAGAGUUCCUCUCAGCUUAUUGACCCCGUUGACCUCAAUCAAUUGAAUGAAGAAUCUCCGGACACCUCCAGCUCAUUGAUCAAUUCUUCUAAAACUACUUAUAGAAACCAAGUAAAGCAUGCACAGUCGAAGGUUCUGAAGGAGACUUCCUUUAGACGUAGAGACCUCCAGCUUAGCUGGCCAAACCGAGCGAAACAAAAGCCCACCAGCAGGCCAGGCAUUACACAUUUCCAAACAAACUCAUUGACUGAUGCUGCUGGUGACCCAACAUCUCCACCAUCUCAAAGGUUGCAUGAGAACCUGAGAGUCAAACCUCUGGAUCCUCAGCAUCAGGUCACCCGAAUAGGGGGUAGAAAAAGGCUGACAUUACAGGUGAAGAAAAUGUAUUCUUCAGAACCUGAAAAAAUAAAUCAGUUAGGCGUAGAGUGUAAUCCAAGGAAGUGGGAACAGGCAAAAUCUCUUGGGUUCUCUGAUGUGCAGGGCAACAAUGGCAUUGUGACUUCAAGGAGACAACUGUUUGAAUCAGGAAAAGCUUCACAGGUGAAUUUAAAGCAGAUUCAGCACGAAGCGUUAGCCAACUACUUUGGCCGCAGGAGAAGUCUUAAACCCAGUGCUACAAAAUUAAUGAGUGAUCAGUGGCAGUUUUCAAAGCCUGUCCAGCACAAGAGGCUUUUGGAGAGCAACUGCUAUCAAUAUUCCAGUUGCAACCCCAUCCAAGGAUCAAAUAUGUCCCAACAUAAUUCAGCCAAGAGACAUUGGGAUAAUUCCUCUGAAAUCUUGUCUGUCUGCAGUACUAGAUCUCACGAUCAUCUCUUAAGCCAGUCAGCUGAGUUUCAACGCUUUCCAAAAUGGACAACUAACUGCAAUGUAUCUGAAAAACUUGCCUCCACUGACAAUCUGCUGGACCAGCUAGACUUUGUUCAUUUUGGUAGAUAUGCACGGUCAAAGUCAUUCUCAUUGCCUCAGCAGAAUGAGCUAGAUCCUAAAUUGGAUAUGGAAUCGUUAAGGCAAAUUGGUAACAGCAACAGCCCUUCCAGGCCCAGUACUGCCAGAAUCAAGUCUGCAACUGAAUUGAAUGCUACUCAGAGACAUAGUGAAAGCAAACUUGUGAACGUGGCGCUCACCAAAAGCAGAUUUGAAAGACAGAGAGGAAAGUCAUUGAAUGAGCUGGAGUUAACCAGUGACAAACCUGCCACACGACUGAGCAGGAGUACGGACCAGCUCUGCUGCUCGGACGCUGAUAGUGAAUCAACUAAAGAGGACCGUGCAGUGUUGGAGUUGAAAAGAGCACCUCUACCUCUGCCAGAGUUACCUACUAUCAAUCAAAACUGGAUUAAAUUGAGAAGGCACCUCAUUAGUUCUCAAACCAGCCAGGAUGAAACUACAGUUGUGUAUGAGAGAAGUUCUGUCAUGGCCAAGCCUCGUUCAUUAUCAUAUAGUGUAGAAUCCCUUCAUCCUAUAUCUCCAUCUCCACACUCGCCACUCAGAAAGUCACGAGCAUGGACUGAUUCUCUUUCCUCCCAAUCUGGCCGGGAGGAUGAUGUGUAUUUUGAGGAUCCCUCAGUGAAAUCAGUGAACAGUGGCUCAGAUCUUUUCUCAGCCUCUGAAAACAUUUGUAUUCAAUCCAACCCGUUGCAACAGCAUUCAAACACUGUGUUUGAAUCUUCACGAGAAAUAGCAGCAAAUACGGAAACUGAAGUAACUGAACUGACAAGUGGAAAGAAUUCACUCAAAACAAUAAAAUGUGUUCAGAAGAAUCCCAUAGAAAAUGAAGUAGAACAUCACGGAAAGGAUAGGAUAGCGGACGUGGUUUCUUUAUCUCUCUGUUCAGAGAGCAGUGUCGGGCUGCCCUUGCCAGCCCCUGUGGCAGAUGUUGAGGUCAAAGCUGAGAACACCAAGGCUGAGGUCCAUCAGAGUAAUGGAAAGAAAACAUCUGAGCAACUUUCGGCAAAUCAGACAAACACCGCUGUUCCACCGAGAAUGAAGACAAAGUCCCCUGAUGAGCUAAGAAUGCAGAAACUGAUUAAGGAAGUUAUCGAUGAAGAUCAGUCACUAGCAGAUAUCCUGGAUCCCAACCCCACCACGAAAACCAUAAUGGACCUUGUGGAGGUGUUGUUUCAGACUGAUACAUUGGUGCUCGAGGCUUGUCAGAGGAGCGAGCGACUAUAUAACCAGGCACCAGGGACAAAUGUUAAAUUAAAAGAAAAGCAAGAUAUUCAAUUCCCAGCCUUGCCAGAAUUGGCCGCUCAGCCUAAGGUGCCAGUCAAAACUAAUCUGAGGCAAGAUGUCAACAAAGGAGGGGACUGUCCGAGUGAUAUCACAGAAAAAAAGAAGGAGUUAAUUGGCACAAUUAAGUAUAAACUUCAGAAGCUUCAGGACACUAAAGCAUGCCUACAUGAAGAUAUCAAAAUGAAUUAUUUGUUGGGUGAAGACAUUGAAGCCUGGAUCAAUGAUGUCUGCAAGCCUAACGAAAUACAGAAAUAUAAGACCUUCAUUGAGGAUUUGGACAAAGUGAUGAAUUUGCUGCUUUGCCUAUCAAGUCGUCUAGUGCGUGUGGAAAAUGCCCUGAGCAAAGUCAACGAGUCCACUGAUUUGGAGGAAAAGCAAUCACUGAGUGAAAGACAUCAAACACUCUCCCGUCAACAUGAAGGUGCUAGAGGACUGAAGGAGCAUCAAGAUCACCGGGAGCGUGUGACCUUCAGAAUCCUAACAAACUACCUCACUGAGAUACAGCUUCAACACUGUCAUCACUUUGUACAAAUGAGAAAAGCGUUAUUAAUCAAGCAAAAAGAAGUUGAAGAACGUCUCAGAUUGACUGAGGAGCAAUUGGGAUUUCUUGAAAACAGUCUGUAGUUCACAUCCCAUUUUGCUUUUCUAUAAAGUUUCCAGCAAAAUCUAAAAUUGAUUCAUCAUAUCCUGUGAUUUGGAUUCAUUCCAGUAUCAACAAAUGUUAAUUCUAUUUUUCUCGUUGUUUGCACAUUAACUGACAAGGAGAUAAUUAAAUUUAACAGGGUUUUGCAGUAAUAACUUAAUUUUAACUUAAUUCUUUAGGAUUAUGAAACAACAGUAGUCAGUUCCAUAAUCAGCUUUUUUUAUUUAAAAUGCUUAGUAUGAAACAUAAUAUCACAUAAAAUCAUGUGAUACUGUUUGCAUUGCAAAAGCAUUGUGCUUAUCACAACAUGUUGGAGCAUUCCUCGUGCAAGACAUCAUCUUGCAUUGACUUGCUGCCCAAAUAGUAAUAUUUCCUCUAUAAUAUCAUUUUUGCAACAAUAACAAUGUGUGCAGUAUCUAAAUUGGUGUCAAUGUAUCAGUAUGAAAUGCUUCACAGGCUAGUUGUCAGUAAAAGCUGACAGUGAGCCAAAAGGAGGUACUGGGCCAUUAGGAGCUACCUGAGGGAGGAAAGAGAUGUGGAGAAUGUCAGGGAGGAAAUUUCAGAGCUCUGGGCUUUAGAAAAUACUACAUGAGUGAUAGUGAUAGAGCACAGAAAACUAUGUAUACAGAAUUCAGAACUGGAGAAGCAGAGAGAUCAGAGGGAGUUAUAGAUUCUUAAAGGGUUAUUAGGCUGGGAGGUGGUGGUCUGGAGAGGCCCAUGGAGGGAUUCGAAAAGAUAGCUGAGACUUGUUAAAGUCAAGCUGUUGCCAAACUGGGAGCUACUGUGGUUAGCCUUCUCAGAGGCAAUGCGAGUUCAGUAUGUGGUUAUGGGUUAAAGUCCAGUAAAAUCGUGGAGCUCACAAAGCCUUGGGUGAGGGUUUUAGCAGCCGACAAGCUGAAGUGAGGCCACAUUAUGGAUGUGAAAGAAAGCUAUUUUGUUAUGGGAUGGACAUACAGUUGAAGCAAUAUCAUGGACAUAUCACCGGUUUGAUUUGGUCUCAGGCAGUCACCAAAGAGAGAGGGAGAACAAAAUGUAUGAUCAAGUAUUCAGAGAAGAGAAGCAAGGUAUCUUGGAGAGAUUGUAGAUGCUUGGCUAAAAGUUGAUGAUAGUGGUAAUUAGGUAAAAGUGUGUAGCAGGAUCUAAACACAAAGUUUUCUUCUUUCCAAUAUUUCUGCUCAUCCACUACUGCAUGAUCGAUGAGCAGUCCAACAAUUUGGAGAUGGUGGAUGACUCGAGGGAGGUGGUGCUGAGGUAAAACUGCCUAAAUGUGGAUACCGACAUUAUUUCAAAUGAUACCGCAGUGAUUUUAAAACUGUACUCUAAACUGCCAUCACAAAGGUGGCAGUAUAGAUUACAGUAAAUCCCUAACACUGUACAUGUAGAUGUUUAUGAUGAAUAAAGUUGAUCCUUAAACUUUCAAUACAUUUGUAAAUUGCCUUAGUUUUGCACUCAUCAGUCAAGUACUGUACUGUAAAUGUCUUGUAAUUAUCUGAUAUUAGUGUCCCUAUCAAUGUGUAACAUUUUGUAUAUUAAUUAUUGUUCUAGCUUUAUCUUCUAAUAAUCGUUGUUAUAGAUUAAAUUUGAUACUCUGUACUGUACAUAUAAAUUUUAGUUUGCAUCUGUGUAUUUCACACAAAAUGAUGUUUACUUAAACGGGCUUCUCUUUAUUCUUCAUAAAAUGUUGAAACACCAAUUAUUAUUCCUAAAUCAUCAACGCUGCUCUCACCCCAUCCUCCCACUACCACACCAGGGAUAGGUUCCCCUUGUCCUCACCUACUACCCCACUAAACUCCUUGUCCUGCACAUACUUCUCCAUAACCUCCACCAUCUCCAAUGGGAUCCCACCAUUAAGCACAUCCUUCUCUCUCCCCGUUCCCCACUUUCUGCUUCCCAUGGGGAUCACUUCCUAUGCGACUCCCUUGUCCACUCAUCCCUCCCCACUGAUCUCCCUCUUGGUACUUAUUCUUGCAAGCGAAACAAGUGCCACACCACCUUCUCCCUCACUCCCUCUCAGGGCCCCAAACAAUCCUUCCAAGUGAGGCAACACUUCACCUGCGAAUCUGUUGGGGUCAUCUACUGUAUCUGGUUCUCCCAGUGUGGGCUCCUGUAUUUCAAUGAGCCCCAACAUAGAUUGGGAGUUUGCUUUGCCAAGUACCUCUGUUCCAUCUGCCACAAAAAACAGGAUCUCCUAGUGGCCACCCAUUUCAAUUCUACAUCCCAUUCCCAUUCCAACAUCUCAGUCCAUGGCCUCCUCUGUUGCUAAUAUGUGGCCACACUCAGGUUGGAGGUUUUGGUAGCCUCCAACCUAAUGGCACGAACAUUGAUUUCUUGAACUUCUGGUAAUUUCCUACCCCGCCCCCACCUUUCAUCCAUUCCUGUUUCCCUUUCUCACCUUAUCUCCUUACCUGCCCAUCACCUUGUGGUGCUGCUUCUCCUUCCUGUUGCUCCAUGGUCUUCUGACCUCUGCUAUCAAAUUUCCCCUUCUCCAGCCCUUUAUCUCUUUCACCGAUCAACUUUCCAGCACUUUACUUUGCCCCCUCCUCUCCCCGCCUGGUAUCACCUACCACCUACCAUGUUGUUCUACUUCCCCCCGCCCCCCACACCUUCUCGCUCUGACAUCUUCUCUUCCUUUCCAGUUCGAUGAAGGGUCUCAGCCCAAAACGUUGACUCUUUACUCUUCCCACAGAUGUAGCAUGACCUGCUGAGGUCCUCCAGCAUUGUGUGUGGGUGACGGCAUCUUCAGAUGUUCUCAUGUUUGUGACCAAUCAUUAUUUGCUGACACUUUUAUAUCUUGAAAUCUUUGAUAUUUUGAAAUCUUGAUAUUUAUAAGUUAUAGUGUGAUGUUUUCCAAUGUUAUGAUGCAUUCUAUAAAGGAAAAUGUAACAAAAAAGUUUGCCUUUUAUAAGUCUGUGUUCUUUGAACAGAGCAGGUAUUUAAAUUAAUAUGUAAUUGAUAUAUCUCAGUAUUAAUGAACUAAACUGAUAACUGGCUUUUUUUUAAUCAACACUCCAGCUGUGGCACUGGUACUUCGUUCAUUCAAAUGUUUCAAAAUGUAAAUGGCUUUCAUAAAAUUGUCCCCAAAAUGUGACCGAGUACAAAUUACUGAGUAUGAUAACAGUCCCUACCAAAACUGGAAACUAGUUAAAAGUGGAAAUUGACAUGAAUUCAGAUGAUGAUAAUCUAGUGAUUGUAAAACUAUCUAUACUACCAUAAUAAAGAUGACAAAUUGGAUUAUGAAAAAUUCCUAAUAUAUGUGUAAAUAUAUGUGGUGAAUAAAGUUGAUCAU